AUGAGUCUAUAUCGAUGCGUCAAAAAUAAUCGAAACGGACUAUACAAUACAUGCGCUCACUCGGUUCGGGCUACCCGACCGUCCCCCGCUCGGUGGUAUUCUACCGAUCAUGGGAAACACGAUCCCAGGCUGAAGGAUCUCGGGAAACAGAUAUAUGAUGAAUAUGCCGUCAUCAAAGGACAUUAUGCUACCCCAAAGCAUCCAAUUGUCCUAGCUCACGGAUUAUUAGGGUUCGCGGAGCUUCAAGUCGUUGGAGGAUGGCUCCCGACCAUUCAGUAUUGGAGGGGGAUCUCCGAUGCUCUAGAGGCCAACGGGAUUCAAGUUAUUACGGCAACAGUACCCCCAUCUGGUAGUAUCCAGCAGAGAGCUGAGAAGCUUGCCCAUGGAAUUGCCCAAGUCGCACAGGGUAAGAGCGUAAACAUCAUCGCACAUUCAAUGGGAGGAUUAGAUGCUAGAUACAUGAUAUCGCAUCUUCAGCCUAAUAAUGUGGAUGUACGCUCUUUGGUCACUGUUGCGUCUCCGCAUAGAGGAAGCGCCUUCGCGGAUUAUUUACUCAAAGAGAUUGGUACGGACCGUCUUCCAAGCGUAUACAAGUUCGUCGAAGGUGUAGGGAUGGAUACCGGAGCCUUCGAACAACUUACUCGACAGUACAUGACGGAAGAGUUCAACCCUCAGACUCCGGAUGACUCAAGCGUUCGCUAUUUCUCAUAUGGGGCGACAAUAGAUCAGCCAUCUGUCUUUUCUCCUUUUCGGCAUUCACAGAAAAUCAUUACCGAUCUAGAGGGACCUAAUGAUGGUCUUGUGAGUGUUGCAAGCUCUAAAUGGGGCACAUAUAAGGGGACUCUAGUUGGUGUAAGCCAUCUAGAUUUAAUCAAUUGGACGAACCGCUUGAGAUGGACAAUGCGGAAGUGGAUGGGCCAAGGACCAUCAUUCAACGCCAUCGCAUUUUACCUAGAUAUUGCUGAUAUGCUCGCAAGAGAGGAUUUAUAA